CACGAUUUGUUGAGCGCACACGAUGCAACGGAUUGUCGGAUUAUUUAUUCUAAUUGUACCGGCCACCAUCGCCGGUACGAUCGGUAGCAUCGGCAACGUCGGUUCCGACUGCCUGUGUCCCAAAUCGAGUGACCCACUGUGCGCCAUCAACAAUGUGACCUACGAAAACGAGUGCCUGUUCAACUGCGAUAGGGAACUAGCCAUCAAGCACGGCUACCCGCCCAUCUUCGUCGCCUACAAGGGAGCGUGCAAGGAGCCCUGCGUGUGCGACCGAAAGUACGAGCCCGUCUGCGGCAGCGACGGCAACGAGUACAAUAAUCAGUGCGAGUUCGAUUGCAAGAACAAAGAUUUGGAAUUAAAUAACUUACCAAAAAUUACCAUCACGACGUGCGCGCCGAGUUGCAUCUGUACGUACCUGUAUAAUCCAGUGUGCGGUAGCGAUGGAAACACCUAUCCCAACGAAUGCCUUCUCAACUGUGAAAAUCAAAAGCAGGAGAAGAGCGGCAAAGAAAAGAUUUCGAAAUCUAGUGAUGGGGAAUGCUCCGAGGCGGCGGCAUGUAAGUGCACGGAGGAAAGUAAACCAGUUUGUGGAAGUGACGGCAAAACUUACCAAAACGAGUGUCUCAUGUCCUGCGAGAGCAAAAAAUUUGAAUCGAAUGGCUUGAUUCCUAUUACGAUAUCCAGCCAAGGAAACUGUCCCGAGUCGUGUGUGUGCCCGGCGGUCUACCAACCGAUAUGCGGUAGCGACAACAAAACUUACGGCAACGAAUGCCUAUUGAACUGUGCCAAUAACGACCAAGAGCAGAAGAAGGAAAAAGUCACUAUAAUCAGUCAAGGAGAAUGUCCCCAACUAUGCGUAUGCCCGCAAGUGAUACUACCGAUCUGUGGGAGUGAUGGCAAUACCUACGAAAAUGAGUGCCUCCUAAAUUGCGAAAAUAAAAACCGAGGACAAAAGGGCGAGAAUCUGUUGAAUAUUCUGAGUAGAGGCGAGUGUCCCGAAUGCGUUUGCCCGAUACUGUAUCAACCGGUGUGCGGCAGCGACGGCAAAACUUACGGCAACGAGUGCUUCCUAAGAUGUGAAAAUGAUAAACAAAAUCAGAAUAACGGCCAAAAUAUCUCUGUAGUAAGUAAUGGUGAAUGUGUCGAAUCGUGCACGUGUCCGGCGAACUACGAGCCGGUGUGCGGCAGCGACGGCAAAACGUACAGCAGCGAGUGUAAUAUGAACUGCGAAAACCAGAAAUGGGAUCGAAACGGCCAGGAUCCUUUGACGGUCGUCAGCAAAGGAGAGUGUCCCAAGCCUUGUUUGUGCCCGUUGAUAGUACUACCAGUAUGCGGAAGCGAUGAAAAGACGUACAACAACGAAUGUCUUCUUUCCUGUGAGAGCAGCAAUCUCGUCCGAAAUGGACAGAAUGCUUUACAAGUCUUAAGAAACGGUCAGUGUCCGAAAUCGUGCGUCUGUCCAGAAAUAUAUGAGCCAAUUUGUGGAAGCGACGGCAAAACGUACGGCAAUGAGUGCUACCUAAAUUGUGAAAAUAGAAAACAAGGGCAAAGUGGAAACGAUAUUACAAUAUCUAGUAAAGGAGAGUGUUCUCAACCCUGCACGUGUCCGCAGCUAGUUCUUCCGGUGUGCGGGAGCGAUGGCAAAACUUACGAAAGCGAAUGCCUCUUCACGUGUGAGAAUAAAAAACAAGUUGACAACGGACAAAAUCCCCUCGAAAUCAUAAGCAUAGGAGAGUGCCCAAAAUCCCUAGCUUGUACAGGUGAAAACAAACCAGUGUGUGGCAGCAAUGGAAAAACUUACAACAGCGAAUGUCUACUGAAAAUAGAAUCGUUAAAGUUUCAGCAAAGUGGACUCCUACCAUUGACGGUAAUCAGUCAAGGGGAGUGCUCCCAGUCGUGUGUAUGCACGAGACAGUACCAGCCGGUUUGCGGAAGCGACGGCAAGACUUACAACAACGAAUGCCUCCUGAAAUGUGAGAGCAAUAACAACGAGCAGAGUGGAGGAAAAGCGAUCAGCGUAGCCAAACAAGGGGAAUGUGAGGACCCGUGCAUAUGCCUAGACAUAUACCAGCCGAUUUGUGGAAGCAACGGGAAAACCUACAGCAACGAAUGCGUCAUGAUGUGUGAAAAUAACUCUGAGCAGAACAAGCAAAACCCGAUCACGAUGGUCAGACAAGGGGAGUGUCCCGAGGUCUGCAUCUGCACGAAGGAGUACGAGCCGGUCUGUGGCACUGACGGCAAGACGUACGGCAACGAAUGUUCACUGAAAUGUGAGAGUCAAAAACUCACGAACAUCAUCAACCCGUUAGAGGUGAAGAGUAAAGGAGAAUGUCCUUCUUGAAUAAUUUAUUAUUAUUCUCCUUACUAGAAUAAUAUCUUAUUUAUGAACAAUUUAGUACAGUCAGUACAGAUUUUUUUUCGUCGACUAUACGUUUUUAACCGUUCCCAUGUGAAUCUUUUAUGCGAGAUUAAUCGUGCAUAAUAUAUUUUAAUAUUCAAAUUAAUCGUAACAGCUUUAUUUCAAUAA